AGCCUCCUAACUUAGCAAAGCAAACUCCUUCAACACGGGACAAUGAGGGGAAAGGUUGUAUUUCAUUUGGGCUGAUGAUGACAAUUUUUGCCCACAAUGCACAAGGUCCAUAUAAUCACCUUCAGCUCAGCAUAUCUUAAGACUCCCUCUGCAUGACCUUACUGUGCUGCCUGCAUCAGGAGAAAAUUUCAUCUCAGCAGCAGAGGCUGCUGUCCAUCAGUUGCUCCCAGGGACUUCAGCAGAGACUGGUGUGAAGUGAACUCAUCAGGUGAGGACUCACCUCAAAGUACCAGGUGAAGUGUCCCUCCACCAUGUCACUGCUGCAAGGGGCUAAGGUGCUACAGACGCUGGAGGAAGCCUUGAGGAAGAGCCUCCCUGCGUCCAUAAAGGUUUAUGGGACUGUCUUCCACAUAAGACAUGGAAACCCCUUUAAGCUAAAGGCCCUGGUGGACAAGUGGCCUGAUUUUAACACAGUGGUUGUUCGCCCUCAGGAGCAGGAUACGAUAGAUGAUCUUGAUCACUAUACCAAUACUUACCAAAUCUACUCCAAAGAUCCCCAAAACUGCCAGGAAUUCCUUGGUUCACCAGACGUCAUCAAUUGGAAGCAGCAUUUACAAAUUCAAAGUUCACAGCCCAGCCUGAACCAAGUGAUAGAACAUCUUGCAGACACUAAAUCUUUCAAAGUCAAACGAACACAACGCAUCCUGUAUAUAGCUCCUCAGACAGCCAAGAAACUGGCUCCCUCCCUGCUGGAUACACAGAAUUUACCACCCACUGAUGGCAAGCCCAAGCCCAUCAAUCAAGAGAUGUUUAAACUCUCAUCCCUGGAUGUUGCACAUGCUGCCUUGGUGGAUAAAUUUUGGUCUUUUGGAGGCAAUGAGAGAAGCCAGAAAUUCAUUGAGUGCUGUAUCCAGGCCUUCCCCAGCUCCUGUCUGCUUGGGCCCAAGGGGACCCCUGUGUCCUGGAGCCUAAUGGACCAGACUGGAGAGAUACGGAUGGGAGGCACCUUGCCAGAGUACCGGCUCCAUGGCCUCAUCUCCUAUGUUAUUUAUUCCCAGAUGCAGACAAUGAACAAACUUGGCUUUCCCAUCUAUUCUCACACAGACAAGAACAAUGAAGCUAUAAAAAAAUUAGGUCACAAUUGGCAUCAUAUCCCCAUCCCUGGAGGCUGGAACCAGUGGAAAUGUGUGCCUCUGUGAGCACAUCCUGAACAUAAAACACUACAGGGUUCCUGCACCCAGAGGUUUCUCAGUGGAGAGCAGGGCCUGGUCCUCAUGCACUGGACAUGCAUAAUUAACUUCCCACACCUCCAGGAUGUCCGUGACACUCCUCCAUCAGCUACAUAUUGCUUCACAUUUAUUCUCCUUGAAUUUCUAGUGUAUGGGAAGUGGGAUACUUGCCAAUUCUUCUGGGGUCUGGGGAAUGGUGGGUAAUAUUUUCUAUGGACUAUAUAACUUAUUUCUUUCUCUUGACCUUUUCAUUAUUGAUAAAGAAGAGGAUUUCCUUUAUUAGGUCAUUAGAGAUUAUCCUUUCCUGUGAUUGCUAUCUAAUAGGUACAUUAAAUAUAUCACAAUAAAUAUGUAUAAGACAUUAGGUGAAACACAGUGUACCUGAUGUACCAGAGAGAGCUGUUAGACUACUGGUCAACAUACACUACAACUUACACUACUCUGUCAUCCCUCAGGUCCCAGUCCAGAAAAAAUAAUAUAAUGCCAUGUGAAGGCUGAGCUUUGUAAACCCCAAACAACCUGAGAAAACCCUAAAUGAUACUAAGAUUUUGGUGUUUAAUUGCACACAAUUUUUAAUGUGUUUAUUUAAGCUAAGCAGUUUAUGAUGGGGAGAACAUGGGGUGAGCAUAGGAAGGGGAAGCAGCCCCAGACCCAGAGAGGUGUAUAUUUAUUGAGAAGACAUAGAAGUCAAGGGCAGGGGAGGGCAGCAUGCAUAACUGCUGUUCCACCUGAACUCAGCAUAUCAUAAGUCUUAGUUUGUUCCUGCAGCUAAUAGUAAAUACUUAAGAUUGGGUAAUUCAUAAAGAACAGAAAUUUAUUUCUUAUGGUUCUUGAGGCUAGAAGUCCAAGAUCAAGGUGCUAGCAGGUUUGUGGUGUCUGGUGAGGGUCCAGUCUCUGAGUGACAAUGACGCUUUGCUGCUGUGUCCUCUGGAAGGGAUGCAUGUUGUGUGUUCAUGUGGCAUCAGGGCAAAAGUCCAAAAGAGCCAAACCAGCCUCUUUGUAUAAGACUUCAGUCCAUCCAUGAAGGUGGAAUCUUUGUGGCCUAAGUACCUCCUAAAGGACUACCACUUAAUACGUUUGCAUUGUGUAUUAAGUUUUAGCAUGACUUUUGGAAGGGACACAUUCAAAUAGUAGCAUAGGUUCAGGAUGUCCAAUUGACUGUAUAAGAUCUGACUAUUGUCUCAGGAAAGAGUUGGCUGUUGGUGGGAAAGAGCAGGAACAAUUUGCUUACAGAUUAGAACACAUUAGCUUGAAAUUUCCUUUCCCAGCACUUCAAGAAAAAAAAAAAAAAAGAGCUCAACAAGAGCACUGGCCAUCAAAGAGAGCUCUGGAAUGAAAGUGACUCCUGGAUUGAGAAUUGGACCCAAUUAGAGCAGGUGCCCACAGCUCCCAGCUUGUACUUCUGCCAUCAGAUAGUACAGCUACUGCCAGCACCACCGGCACCGCGGGGAUAGCACCAAUGCUGACACACCUGGGAGAAGCAAACCUCUAAGCCAGGGCUGGGGCUGGGGCUCCUCCCCCACCAGAUCUUUGAGGAGCAAAGGCCUGUUUUGCUACUACCUGCCUGCUACACACCACCUACCACCCCAGAUGCCACAUGCUAUCUGGAUUCCCCAGCCCCACCUGCCUCCUGCUACGUCCUGGUGCUUGCCACCACUGCCUCUGGACUCAUCCAGAGUUAAGGUUAAGCAUAACAGCUAUGAAAAAAAUAAAUACCCAGAAAUAUACUUAGCCAAGGAGGUGGAAGAUCUCUAUAGCACUUUGCUGACUACUAUUUUAGAGCCAGGGCUGCUUGAGAGUAUAAAAGAAACUUUUUGCGAAAUAGUGCCCGUGUGCUGCAUGUGGGCUUACACGAGUUUCCUGGGGUCCCUCUUUAAUUUUUUCCUUUCAUCCAUAAUGAAAUUAUUAAUCAAUGUGGAAAAUGAAAGCGAUGAUCAGGACAGGAGCAAACCUCCCUUCUUGGUUAUUUCAAUGUAAUAGAAUUGCUACUACAAAUAUUUUUUAUUAACUCACUCAUUCUAGGUAGGAAAGUGAAUUCUUUGUUGGAGGUUGGUAGAGCAGGCACAUAGGGUGCUUUAAAAUGAAAGGACCCUGAGAUAAUCCUGUCUCCACUACUUAGUAGCUGUACCUCCAAUGGUGAGGCAUUCAACCUCUCUCAGCUGCAAUUUUCUCACCUCUAAGAGUGAAACUAACAAAUGCCUGGGAUGAGCCACUGUGAUAUUUAACUGAAGCUCCCAAAGGCAAGAGAGAGAACAUGUUUUUUGGUAAUGGGGAAGAAGUAUUCAGGCACUUCAUACAGAAAAUUUUCUUCUCUGAUCACGGAUGAGCAAAGAGCUAUGAUUUUGCCAAGUUAAUUUUACCUCUGGCUUCUAUCUUGCUUCUGCUGCUAUGAUCUGGGAUAGGAGGGAUGGGGAGAGAUGUAUUGCCUGCACAAUUGCAUCUUGCUUCACGCCUUGGUCUGCUGGUCUCCUGGAACCAGAACAGAGAGCAAACAAGUGUUCUAGGAGGAGAAGUGGAGAGGACACAUACAGACCGUCUCCCAAACGGGUAGAACCAGGACCCCAAACAGGAAAAAGGAACUUGGAAACCCAUACAAGUCAAUAGGGAUUUUCCCCCACAUUAAAAGAGGACAGUUCACACUAAGAUCUUUAUCUUUGUAACUUCUAUUAAAAAAAGUUUACCUCUGCACAUUAUGAGUAUCUUAGCUGUAUGUGGCAGGAUAAAGAGAAUGUCCUAGCUGGAAAAGUUUGCUGCUUUGUGUAAGUUCCUGGGAACUUUUUAGUGCAGACACAGCUUUCCAGGUGAGUUCUCACCUCACAAAGGCAUGACCCCCUUUGGAACAUCCCUUUUCUUUUCUCCCACAGUGAGGUUGGAAAACAAUCAAAUGAUUUUGUUGGUUUGGGGUUGGAAAUGCUGAGCUUUGUUAUUGGCAUGUAUGCUGGGGAAAGGCAGUCUACUCAACUUGAAAAAAUAUGUAUACAAAGCAUUAUGCGUUGAGGAAAAAUUCUUGAGAGAACUAAGCCAGUUCUAUCUGAACAGAUAAAUGCUAGGAAGAGAUUUCGAAGCUGGUAGGUGAAUGGACAGGUAGCAACAUUUGCAGAGAAGAGCAUUGAUCUAAGAAACGUGUUUCUCCUACAUGUGCAGAUCUUUAGGAAACACUAAAAAAAGGCAGUUUUUUUCCUUUAUAAAUUUUAACCUGGAAAGUGAAGAAAGUUGUUCAAAUUCUGAGAGGAAACAUACAGAGGAUGUAUGGAUCAGAUUUACUGUUAAUUUAAAUUAUGUGAGAAAGAAAAUUAAUUUAAGUCAUUUUAUCUAUAAUGCUAGGACCAUAAAAUAGUUUCUAAUACUUUUGCUUUCCCUUCUAAACUUAUUCUGCUACACCCUUACAUAUGCUCACAUAUGUUGCAUAUUUAACAUAUAUAAAAAAUGAUUUACAUAUUCUAAUCAAGGGCUAUUUACCAGUUUAUGUUCUACAUGUUCUCUUUUUAAUUUUUUCCUCUAUGUGUGUGUGUGUACGUAUCAUAGUUAUUAUGUUAUUAAUUCCGUAGGGGCAAUGAUCAUGAUUUAGAUUGCAUUUCCCUAAUGUUAAACAUGGUGAUCUCAUGUUGCUUCAUAAAACUAUUUCUUAGACACGAUUGUAAGAGGGACUUUACCUAACAAAUGCAAAAAGU